GUUGUUACCCACAAGUUGAGCAACUUCCGGCUUAACUUAAAAAAAAACGGAAAGCUGGAACGCUUAGUUCGAUAAUGUAAAUCAGACUAUCAGACGAAUAUUUUCGCUGAAACUAAGAGAGUAAGGCUUGUUACUACUGAUUUUACAGCACUUUCCGCUAUGGAUGAUCAGAUCAGUUCCACUACAGAUGAUCAGAAGAACCUGCAGCAGGCAGAUGAGAAACUCGCCCCUGAUGAGUUCACUGACUGUAAAAACUUCGAUGAUGAUGAUAUUUUGGACUUGGCCGGCGGUGCGAGAGACGCGAUCGAGAGACACCGAUUCGAAGAUAAGACCAUAGACAUAAAGAACGUUAAGAUACCCUCUCGACCUGGGAAAGAGGAAGCGCACGCGGAAGCUAAAGAAACAUUGUCACAAUUGUGGGAUCUGCUGUACUGGCGUGACGUACAGAAGACAGCGUGUGUGUUCGGAGCGACGCUGUCACUAUUGAUCUCUCUGAGUGUGCUCAGCAUCAUCAGUGUGUGUUCCUAUAUCGCUCUGGCUCUGUUAUCCAUCACCAUCUGCUUCCGAAUCUACAGAGGAAUCACAGAUGCGCUACAGAAGAGCGAAAACAUUCACCCGUUCAAAUUGUAUCUGGAGCAGGAUGUCACUCUCCCAGCUGAUUUCAUUCAUAAACACAGUGACAUGAUGUUGAAGUGCAUCAAUGCCACUGUUAAUGAACUGAAGCAUCUUUUCCUGGUGGAGGAUCUGAUUGACUCUCUGAAGUUAGCGGUGCUGCUGUGGGUUCUGACCUAUGUGGGUUCUGUGUUUAAUGGACUCACCCUUCUCAUUAUGGGUGAGGUUGCAGCGUUCACCUGUCCGAUAUUCUAUGAAAAAUACCAGACGCAGAUCGAUCAUUACUCUGGACUGGCGAACGGCUAUCUCCAAGACGUGGUAAAAAAGAUUCAGGCAAAGGUUCAUGGAUUGAAGAAUAAAGCUGAAUAAAGAGCAGCAUUGUUGGAAUGUAAGCGAUUGAACGGCGUGGAGUGUGUGUGUGUUUAUGAAAAAGCUGUUGUGUUACUGUAGUGUGUGUUAAUCAAUUGCGUGUUAAGGAAAAGAAAUCCACUUAAAAAUAAAUGGAUUGUGUAUUUUCAUUUUCCCCAGCUUUAUUACUUCCCAAUGCUGCAGUGUUUUUUUUUUUGUUUUUUUUUCUGUUGAUUCUCAUCUGUGUAAAUGAAAAUGAGUUUAUAAAAGAAUAAAAUGAGAGAGUAUUUUUCUGCAUCUUUAUUUUUAAUGUUAUAUUGAAUAUUAUGACUGUGAAGAUCGAUGUAAAUCAGAUUUCAUACAGCUGUAUUUUUUUUUCUCUUAUGGCCGUUUCUGUGAAAAUUUAAAUACAUGC